AAAAAAAAAAAAAAAGACCAAGAAUUUGAUUGCUCUUGGUGGCAUAGGUCGUGGUCCGCCACUUACAAAUUUGCUCCAAAACAGAGAUACCCAGAUUCCCAUCUUCAUCCAAAUCCCCCGAAAACGAUCCAAGCUCGCAUCUUUUUCUUCUUCCCUCAAUACCCAAUUCCCGCCAAUUCGUCCCCAAUCGCACCCACUUUCAAUCCCUUUCGAACAUGGACGAAUUCGGUGUUUUGACGGAGAGGUUUGGCCUGAAACGGCAAGGCAAAUCGGCGCCGAUGGCCGCAUCCAGAAGAGCAACACCCACCAACAACCCCCAAACGACGUCGUAUGCAUCCUCCUCAAGAUCUUCCGCUAAUUCCAAUUCCAAUUCCAAUUCCGCCUACGCUUCUUUUCUCGACGAUCAAACCGGCUUCUUCUCCCAAUCGAGCUCUACCCAAAACACGGCCGGCUCCGGCGGAUUCAACGAUUACGUCGGAAUCUUCGGCGGCGGAGUCACUAGACCCGCACAUCAGCAAUCCCAAGGCUCCGACUUUAAUUUGGAUUCCAUGUUUUCGGGUUCGGGUGCCAAUACGUCGUCGUUUGACGACGGCUUUGAUGUGUUUGGGAGCUCCGGUGGUUCGGUUAAUAGUAAUGUGGAGGAAGAUGACUUUUUCGGGUCGUUUUCUUCGGCUUCGAAACAGAGUGCAGCUCCGAGCAAUGACCUGCUGGGUGAUCUCGGUGGAGUAGCAAGGAAAUUGCAGAGUACGAGCAAUAGUAAUAGAAAUGGGAAUACGACCGGAACGCCGGCGAACAAUGCAGCUGAUUCUGAUGAUUUGUUACCUGGCUUUGGUGUUAGCAAUGCUUCCAAUAGUGGAACUUACACAGACGAAAGUCGUACUCAGCAAUCAACUGUUAAUUCAACUAAGUCAAACUUCAGUUCACCAAUGGAUGACCCUUUUGUGGUCUUAGAAUCAGUUUCAAGUUCGACACCAGCAGAUUCCUUAGAUUAUCUUUCAGAACUGGAACAAUUCAGUAAGAUGAGUAAUUCUGGAGGCGCGAACCAGGGUGGUUCAUCAAAUAGUUCUACAAAACUGAAAGCGCCCCCAAAACCAGCUCAAGUUUCAAAGGAAAGGAGCUCUGGUGUGUCUUCUAUAGAUGAUCUUGAGAAAUUUGCCAGUGCUGGGGUGCCAAAUAGUGCUCCCAGAGUUCCUUCUCGUAACGAAGGGGUAGAAUCCUCAGCCACUAGACAUGGUAAAUCAAGUGGAGAUGAUCUAGAUUUCAUGUUGAGCACAGGUUUUCGAUCUAGCAGUGUACCGAAGUCAAGGGUUAAAAAUGCGGACCCAAUAUUUGAUGCACAGACGGACAACAGAGGAGGGCCUAGGCCCCAAAGGACAUCUUCUAGGACCUCAGGUAGCAUGAAGAAGUCCCCUUCUGCAAGUGGUAUCUUUGAUGACCUCUUUUCAAUGGAUGGAGCUUCCCCAAUGGUUGCAGAAUUUGAGGAAGUUGACGGUGAAAGUGAAGAAAGACGAAAAGCCAGAUUGGGACGGCACCAGAGAACAAAGGAACGCGCGUUGCAAGCAGUGGCAGAUAUGAACCAACGCGAUUUGCGUACUCAGCAGGAGCAGGAAGAGAGGCGUAGAAUUGCUGAGGCUAUGGAUGCUAAAAUAAAGGGAUGGGCUGCAGGGAAAGAAGGGAAUAUGCGUGCACUAUUGUCUUCAUUGCAAUCCGUUCUUUGGCCUGACUGUGGAUGGGAGCCAGUUUCACUCACAGAUUUGAUUACUUCUGGUUCAGUUAAAAAGGUUUACAGAAAGGCCACAUUGUGUGUCCAUCCAGAUAAGGUUCAACAGAAAGGAGCUAGUCUUCAACAAAAAUAUACUGCAGAGAAGGUUUUUGAUAUUCUUAAGGAAGCUUGGACCAAGUUCAACAAGGAGGAACUUUCUUAGUAUUUGUGAUGAUUUAUUCUUUGAGCUUCCAUUUAACAUUAAUGAGAGGCUCCUCCAUUGGGAAGGAAGAUGCAUAUGUUGUGCGAGUAGAAAUGCUGGUCUGAAGCUGUAAAGCGUCACGGGAUGAAUUUUGCUUCUGUUUUCUUUUACAAAUUUACAAGGACUUCAUUUAUUUAUUUUUGUAAAAUCAUCAGUAAGGAAUACUACUUUUCUUGGCUUUGUAUAUUAAUAGUAGUUUUCACACGGAGGUUGUUAUUAGAGUGGAUACAUUUACGGAGGUCCCUUAUAGUCAUGAUAUCGAGCCCUGCUUCAGUUUUUCCUUCC